CUUUGAAUUAGACAUCGACGAUCGGCUGGCAAAGACACAACGAUGGCGCUACCUCUCAACAAGACUCGACUGUUAUACUUGGAGACCGAACCACACAACAGCGCUACAGCCGAAUUGUUCAAUCUCGGCGAUCACGUCGGGACAGUCGUUCAGGUCACCAUCAGAAGCAGAAAUCCAAGUCCUUCGAAGGUGGAACUAGCCAUAUUUGCUAUAGAGCAGCGCGAUAUCACGACGGCUAUAGAGACACUACUUCUUGGACACGUCAAUGCCAGUUCCGACUCAGAGAAACUCCCAAAACGCGUGGUCAUUCGAGAAGACAGGCUACUGGGAUACGUUCUUGUUGGCGAGCGACGGAAAUGGACGUACGGACGACGCAAACAAUUCUACUGGGGCACGCAUCCGUUGAGGAGUGGCGAAGACAAAUGGAUAUUCUACUUCGAGACCACGAAAUUGCAGGAUAACUACCCAGGGCGUCGAGUCUGACAUUGUUUUCGUAGACCAUGGGCACAACAUAUCGAACUAUCAGCAACAUCGCUGUCGCCCAGCUGUGGCCCUCUGGAACAUAACUGAUGCGAAGGAACUGUCGGCAUUGUAUUCCAUCAUGUUGUUCACACAAACUGUAUCUAGCCAAAUGGCCUGUAAUAAAGUGUUCUUUCCCUUG